UUGCAGAUAAAGGUGACGAUGGCCACCUCCAGCUGGGAUAAGUUUAUCCUACUGCUUUGGAAGAACUGGAUCAUCCAGAAGCGCCAUUACGUGCAGACACUGUUCGAAAUUCUGAUACCGGCCAUUGCCUGCGCGGUGCUGAUAGUCGUCCGUGGGCUCGUCGAUGCGGAUGUCUACGAUGAACCGACCACAUGGAAACCGCUGGAAAUAAACACCGUACGGCAUAUGAUGCCAGAAUUGAACCCUAACAUAACGCCACCCAUCACGUUCAUAUUAGCGUACAGUCCGGAAUCUCCACUAACGGAAAGGAUUAUGAGAAGGGCCGUAGAUCAGAUAGUGGAACCGAUCGAUAUCAUUGGUUUCGAGACGGGCCAGCGCAUGGAGGACUUCUUCCGACUAAACUACUCUCUAGCGGGUGUAGAAUUUCCGGAAAAUUACCGUACCAUGGAUACACUGCCGAACAAUGUUACCGUGGCGUUACGAUUCCCGGGCGAAAUGCGAACGUUGCAGGAUGACUUUACCGCCUUCUGGGCGAACUGGGCUACGGAGCUGAUGUUUCCAGCGUUUCAAAUCGCAGGUGCUCGCGAGCGGGAACGUGACGAUGCGGGAUAUCCGGCGAAUUACUAUAAUGAAUCCUUCAUCGCGGUACAAAGUGCUGUCUCAAGGGCGAUCAUUUUGGAGCGAGACCCUUCGUUUGCGCUACCGGACAUAUAUCUGAAUCGCUUCCCCUACCCACCGUACUACAGUGAUCCUCUGCUAACAGGGUUCGAAAAUCUGCUCCCGCUUAUCAUUGUGAUCGCGUUCUUCUACACCGCCAUCAACACCGUCAAGUACAUCACGGUCGAGAAGGAAAAGCAGCUAAAGGAAGCGAUGAAGAUUAUGGGCCUACCGAGCUGGCUGCAUUGGUCCGCCUGGUUCGUCAAGUGUCUGCUGCUUCUGAUCGUAUCGAUCUCACUGAUUGUCAUACUGCUCUGCGUCAACAUGACCACCAACACCGACCUAUCGAUCUUCGAGUACGCCGAAUGGACGGUCGUCUGGUUCUAUCUGUUCGUGUUCAGCAUCACAACGAUCUGCUUCUGCUUUAUGGUGAGCACGUUCUUCUCCAAGGCAAACAUUGCGGCCGGCAUUGCCGGUUUGCUCUGGUUCAUCUUGAUCGUGCCGUACAACAUUGCGUUUUCGAACUACGACGACAUGACGGCCGGUGCCAAGCUCGCUCUCUGUCUCUUCUCCAACUCGGCCAUGUCGUUCGGGUUUAUGCUGAUGAUGCGCCACGAAGGUACGGCAACGGGGCUGCAGUGGUCGAACCUGUUCGAUCCCGUGUCGGUGGAUGAUGAUUUUUCUGUCGGCGAUACGAUGAUCAUGCUGCUGAUUGAUGCACUCAUCUAUCUGCUGAUUGCACUGUACGUGGAGAAGGUGUUCCCAGGCGAUUUUGGCAUUGCGGAACCUUGGUACUUCCUGUACACGAAGAAGUUCUGGUGCAAAGAAAAGCAGCAAAAGUCCGAACCGGUAUCGAUAAUGGAUAGUAUACGGGAGGACUUCAAUAGACAGAAAACGACCAAUCUUGAGCGUGAACCGGACGGCAAGUACGCUGGCAUCCGGAUACGCAAGCUGAGGAAAGAGUUCCAGAAAAACAAGGUGGCCGUCCAGGGGCUGGAUCUUAACAUGUACGAGGAUCAGAUCACGGUACUGCUCGGACACAAUGGUGCUGGCAAAACGACUACCAUGUCCAUGCUGACCGGCAUGUUUUCACCCUCAUCCGGAACGGCUCUGGUGAAUGGGUACGAUAUACGGAACAAUAUAGACGCUGUGCGAGGAUCGCUCGGACUCUGUCCACAGCAUAACGUCCUGUUCAACGAGAUGACCGUAGCGGAGCACAUCGAAUUCUUCGCCCGCCUCAAGGGUGUCCCGAGAAACAAAAUUAAGGAAGAGAUUCGUCACUACGUGCAGUUGCUCGAGCUGGAAGAUAAACUCAACAAACAGUCCCACACACUUUCCGGUGGUAUGAAGCGUAAGCUCUCCGUUGGAAUAGCACUUUGCGGUGGUUCGAAGGUGGUACUUUGCGAUGAACCUACAUCCGGUAUGGAUCCUUCCGCCCGGCGCGCUCUGUGGGAUCUGCUGAUUAAAGAAAAGCAAGGCCGUACCAUCCUGCUGUCGACGCAUUUUAUGGACGAGGCAGAUAUUCUCGGCGAUCGAAUUGCGAUCAUGGCGGAAGGCGAGCUGAAAGCGUGCGGAUCUUCCUUCUUCCUCAAGAAACGCUUCGGUGUCGGCUAUCGGUUGAUCUGUGUGAAGGGUGCGAACUGUGAUCGUGGUCGGCUGACAGGAUUACUCCGCAAACACAUACCCAACAUCAACAUCGACACGGACAUCGGAUCGGAGCUGUCGUACGUGCUGAAUGAAGACUACACUGCCGUGUUUGAGGAUCUGCUUCGCGAACUCGAAGACAACGUCGAACAGUGCGGCAUAACAAGCUACGGCAUUUCGCUGACCACACUCGAGGAAGUGUUUUUGCGUGUCGGCAGUGAUUCGUACGCGCUGGAUCAAAAGUCCGGCUCGAAUGAUAUCGAGCAAGAUAGUAACGGAGCAACACUGAUGGGUGAUUCAACCGUCACGAUGAAUCAGACGAGUGAUACACAGCCACUGUUGGGUGGUUCGGGGCUCGUGUGGAAUCAGCUGUUUGCGAUGCUGCUGAAGAAGUUUAUUUCCACCAAAAGAAGCUGGGUGCAGAUGCUGGUGCAGGCAUUGAUACCGAUCUACUUCGUAAUAGUGACCGUCAUUAUUGUACGAACAUUCCCUGGCCAGACAGACUUACCACCGAUACCAAUCAACGUGUACAAUUACAGUGAGACAAACACGAUCCUUGAGGCGUCAACACCGAGUCCGUUUGUGGAUGGGUUUAGAUCGGUGUUUGGAUCGUACCCGAGCACACAUCGGUUACGGAUCAUCGAGACGGAUAUCGUGAAGUAUAUACUGGAUCUGUCCGUCGAGAAUAUAGGUCUUGUUAAUCGAGAGUUCAUGGCGGCAGCAUCGAUCACGAGCACGAAUCAUACCGUUUGGUGGAAUCCGACAGGUUUCCACACUGCACCGUUGGCGCUGAAUUUCAUGUACAACGCUAUCAUCAAGUCAAUCAACACCAACUUUGAGAUUACCAUCAUCAACAAACCGCUACCCUUCAAGGCCGAAACGAGAUUCACUCAGCUGCAAGCAGGCAACAACCUCGGCUUCCAGAUCUCGUUCAACACCGGCUUCGCGAUGUCCUUCAUUGCCGCACUGUACAUAAUGUUCUACAUCAAGGAGCGCACGAGUCGUGCCAAACUGCUCCAGUUCGUCAGCGGUAUCAAUGUGUUUACGUUCUGGAUCGUGUCCUUCCUGUGGGACUUCUUCACGUACAUCAUUACCGCACUGAUCUACAUUGCAACGCUUGCCGCCUUCCAGGAGGAGGGUUGGGCCACAUUCGAAGAGCUCGGCCGCGUGUUCCUCGUGUUGCUAGUGUUCGGGAUAGCGUUCCUGCCCGUUACCUAUCUCUUCUCGUUCUGGUUCGAGGUGCCGGCGACCGGUUUCGUCAAGAUGAUGAUAGUGAACAUAUUUAGCGGAACAAUCUUCUUUACCGCCGUGUUUCUGCUCGGAUUCGAUGGGUUCGAUCUGAAAGACGUUGCGAACGGGCUCGAGUGGGCAUUCAUGAUCUUCCCACUGUUUUCGCUAAGCCAAAGUCUUAGCAACAUUAACGUCCUGUCGACGACGGAAUCGGUCUGCCGGGAGCAGUGCACGGAAGAGACGGCUGUCCUAUGCUCGAAGGAGUACAUCUGUAGCCUGCUGCCCCAGUGCUGCGAUACGAACAUCUUCUCGUGGGAAACGACCGGUAUUAAUCGGCAGCUGCUGUACAUGGGGAUGGUUGGGCUGAUCGGGUUCCUGAUACUGAUGGGCAUCGAGUUUCGUGUGGUGGAACGUAUGCUUAAGCGUCGCAAGCGAGCUACCGGCCCGCUGGCACCGGUUAGCGAAGAUUCCGCACUGGAUGAUGAUGUUUGGGAAGAGAAACGGCGCGUCAAAUCACUCUCGGAUGGUGAGCUCGCUAACAAAAAUCUGGUCGCAAGUGAACUGACGAAAUAUUACGGCAAAUUCUUGGCGGUGAAUCAACUCUCCGUUUCGGUGGAAGGUUCGGAAUGCUUUGGACUGCUGGGUGUUAAUGGUGCCGGUAAGACGUCCACGUUCAAGAUGCUUACGGGCGACGAAAACAUCUCGGCCGGUGAAGCGUGGGUCAAGGGUAUAAGUCUCAAGAGUAACCUCAACCAGGUGCACAAAGUGAUCGGCUACUGUCCGCAGUUUGAUGCACUGCUGGAGGAUCUUACCGGACGGGAGACGCUGAAGAUAUUCGCUCUGCUGCGCGGUAUUCCCAAGGAUGAGAUUGGAUUCGAAACGGUACGACUGGCGGAGGAGCUGAACUUCAUGAAGCACAUCGACAAGCGCGUGAAGGAGUACAGUGGUGGUAACAAGCGCAAGCUAAGCACGGCACUGGCCCUGCUGGCAAAUCCGGCCGUCGUGUAUCUGGACGAACCGACCACGGGGAUGGAUCCCGGUGCAAAGCGUCACCUGUGGAACGUUAUCAUCAACGUGAAAAAGGCAGGCAAAUCGAUCGUGCUUACCUCGCACAGUAUGGAAGAGUGUGAAGCGCUCUGCACACGGCUAGCGAUUAUGGUGAACGGUGAGUUUAAAUGUCUCGGCUCAACGCAGCACCUGAAGAACAAGUUCUCCAAGGGUUACUUCCUGACGAUCAAGCUUAACCGUACCGGUGACGGUUCCGCCGCUAAUGCCGAUCCGGUAAAACAGUUCGUGGCGCACAACUUCUCCCAAGCGGUACUCAAGGAGGAAUACCACGACUCGCUUACCUAUCACAUCACACAAUCCGAGCUCAAGUGGUCCACCAUGUUCGGGCUGAUGGAGGAAGCGAAAAAGACACUCGACAUCGAAGAUUACGCACUGGGGCAGACAUCGCUUGAACAAGUGUUCCUGUUCUUCACAAAAUACCAGCGAGUUACGGAUGAAAAUUAG